UGUAGCAGAGGAGAUAGUUCUGGUGGGAGGGCGUCAGACGAUGGGGAUGAACCAGCGCUCCCUGACAGCAGUCACCUGUUUCAACCGUCAGAACAGUGGCACAGAGGGCGGUGUGAUGGUGGCCGACGUCUGGUGCUACAUGUCCCUGCUGGACAACUGGAGUCUGGUGUCUCGGAUGACGGUGGCUCGCUGCAGACACAACAGCCUGGUGUACGACGGAAAGCUCUACACCAUCGGAGGACUGGGAGUAUCAGGGAACCUGGACCAUGUGGAGAGGUACACAAUCACCAGCAAGUGGGAGACGGUCUCUCCUCUCCCUAAGCCGGUAAAUUCAGCAUCAGCCAUAGUGUGCGGAGGGAAGGUCUACGUGUUCGGAGGGGUCAACGAGGCUGGGCGCUCGGCUGGGGUCCUCCAGUCCUUCAUACCACAGAGCAACACCUGGAGCUUCAUCGAAUCACUUAGAGAGAUAACAGAUACGCCCCUGCAGUGAGUCUGAAUGGGUUAAUAUUCAUCCUGGGAGGAGCCUACGCUCGAGCCACCACCAUCUAUGACCCAGACAAAGGCAACAUCAAGGCCGCACCCAACAUGAACCACUCUCUGCAGUUCUGCAGUGAUCUUAGAAGGGAAGAUCUACGCCACAAGAGGCACCGUGAACAGCGAAGGUCCCGCACUCAGCAACUUGGAGACCUUCGACCCCUCACACGCAUGUGGACGCACCUGCAGCCCUUGCAGCCCCUACCCUGCCCUCUGUUCAGACACGGCUGUGUGGCCAUCAAGAAGUACAUUCAGAGCAGCUGAGGGCGACUUGGACCCGAUUAGUCUGGGAUCGAUGCCAAACACCAUCUGACCUCUGGUUGAAGGACGGUGUGUGACAGCAGUUUAGGGCUGGUGUUGGUCUAUCUUCAAUCCAACCCACCUCUUCUCCCAACCUACAGAAAAGCCCUGUGCAGAAUGUACUCAUACUCAAUUACUCAGCCAUGUCAGGUGACAAUUCCUAACCUACAGUACUGUGUGUGUCAUGGUCGUUUUCCAUCCUCCAUCCAACGGGCACAGGGACCCUCUUGGUAAACUCCUUUUUUUAAUGAAGUCAUCAUUGUUUCAGUUAUUUUUUUGUAAACUCCUCCCCUCCAUAUUUCUAUACUUUGAUGAAGCUCAGUAAAAGCCAAUGCAGGGUGAAAUUUAUGUUUUAAAGUCUCAUCAAACAGAGCAAAGAUUCUUUUGGUGUAAGAAGUGUUUUCAGUAGUCGAAUUAAGUGAAGGAAUUGACUGUUUUUCUCUUGUCAGUGAAGAUAAAAGUCUCUUUGGGGAGUUAUAUUCACGCUGAGUGUGGAUUUUAAGAGGUAAUUUUUAUGAA